AUGCUGACGUGUGAAAUUGGUGACCAUAGGUGUAACAUGUUGAGGAAAUCACUAGGACCCAGCUACCUGGGCCAAUGGAAUACUCAAUACUACGAUGCAGAAUGUAAAGCAUUAUUAAUUUACACAACCAUUGAACCACAAAUCCUGAACGAAAACUUUCCUAAAAUAGAUACAGCAUCUACAAAAUCGUAUGAUUUGGAGGAUCAACAAAAAAAAGUGGAGCUAGUAUCUGAGAAUUUUGAUUCAGUUUUAAACUUAAAGGAACCUUUCACCGUUAAUAGUAAUUUAAUUGAUUUGAAUAACAACGCUAAAGUGGAUUUAACAACUCUUUCUCGGACAGAAGUACAGAUAACCCCCACAGAAAUUGUUGGAAUCGAUACUAUAGCUUUAAUAAAUGAAUUUACAAACAAAAAUCGGAUCAAAAAUGUUAAAAAAUCUGCAAAAUUACAUGAUCUAGAUGAUCAACAAGAAGAAAUGGAGUUGGAAUUUAAGAACUUUGAGCCAAUUCCGAACCCAACAAAAUCAUUACAAAAAAAUACUAAAGAGAAAAAUAUACUUAUUGGUGUGAAGCCAACGAAGGAUUUAGUUAUGAGAGACAUCGACAAUCUUUUAAUUGAUUUGAAUCAUGAUGUUAAAGAGGAGUUAACAACUCUUCCACAGCCAGCGACACAAAGGAUCCACAGAGAAGGAGUUCGUAUGAAUACUUCAGCUUUACGAAGAGAAAUGUAUAUUAAAAACAGA